AUGACUUGCCUAGUGAUUUGCGAAAAUUGCUUCAAAGCCAGGGGUUACCGCGUAAAGACUGGUUCUUCCCGCCAAGAUCACAGGCCGAUCGUUCUCGCUGAUCCCGAUCCCCGAUUGAGAUAUGGAUGUUGGCACGCCCACCUUGGGUGCAGUGCUCGCACCAACCAUCUGCUGGCGGUUGAGAACCAUGCCAAGUCGUGCAAAUUCACAUGCGUCGUUACGUGCACCCAGUGCUGGCAGGUAGUCCCUGUGGCUGACUAUGAGGACCACAAAGAUGGGUCUAAGGGUGUUCUCUAUAUUUGA